AUGACCGCAGACCGCCGCCCUCCGCCUGCAUAUCAGGCCCCAGCCAAUUCAGGCAUCAAUGCCACCUCGCAAGUGUAUCAAUUGCUCUCCAAGACCGCCUCAGAUGCCUCCCAACGGUCUCUGGAGACGUCGUUCACCAUACGGCCGUGUUCCGCACAAGCGUGGGUGGUGCCUGCAGGGCACAUCUGCCGCCUGACCACCCCGAAGGGACCUCAGGUGGGUGAUUUGAAUAUUUGGAACGCGAAGAACCCUCGCGAGCGACUCUGGGCUGCGCGCACCCGUCAGAUCCACGCCUCCCAUGUGUCUGUGGGUGACCGUCUUUGGUCCAACCUUCCAUACCUGCGGCCCCUUGUCACUAUCACUGGGGACUCACUUGGAGGCGGGCAGCUCCACGAGGUGUUAGAUGCAGACGGCAGGCGGACAAAAGGGUUCGGCACAACGAAGCAUGGUGGACGCGUCCAUGAUCUCCUAGGAACACGUUGCGACCCCUACGUGAACCUGCUCAUGGGAGGAGAGUCGUUCGACUUCCAUUGUCACUCGAACCUUACCCGUGCGGUGAUACCGUUUGGUCUGACGGAACUCGAUGUACAUGACGUUCUCAACGUUUUCCAGGUUACUGGGCUGGACGAAGAAGGGAAAUACUUCAUGGAGACUUCGCCUGCGAAGCCGAAUGAGUACUUUGAGUUCUUUGCAGAGGUUGAUGUUCUUUGUGCGCUUUCUGCGUGUCCAGGAGGAGAUCUUUCGAACUGGGGCUGGGAAGAAAAGGCAGAUACUAUGGGCGCCACAACCCGUCCUUUGGGGGUGGAAGUGUACAGGUUGAUUGAUUCGACAGUCCUUAAGGGCUGGAAGGAGCCAGAGAGCCCUAAAUAUACUGGCAUGCAUGGAAUGAGCAUGCCGCCGCGUGAGGAUGAUUGGUCUGGGUAUGUAGGGUUAUAA